GAUUCCAAUUUCCCAAAUUUUGAUUUGAGAGCAAGUAUUAGGGUUUUCUUUAACCUAUAUCUCUCCGAUAUCUGAAGAACUAAAUAUGUUCAUUGGGCUUUCUCAACGGAACUGCUCAUAUAAUAUCAUCGUACCUAGGUCUCCAAUUCUUCAUAGGAAAGAACCCGACAGAGAACAUUCCGUUAAAGCAGAAGAAGCAAGGUCUUAUUGAUUCUCUGUUAUUUAUUAUACACACUUCAAAUUCAAAUUGAAGCUACUUUUUUGAUUGUUAUACACAAUGGGUGAUUUUGAUUGUCGAAAAAUUCGGAAUAUAUGCAUUCUAGCUCACGUUGAUCAUGGAAAGACUACUCUUGCUGAUCAUCUAAUUGCUUCCUAUGGAGGCGGCGUGCUUCACCCUAAGCAAGCCGGUAGGCUUAGAUUCAUGGAUUAUCUUGAUGAAGAACAGAGAAGGGCAAUUACUAUGAAGAGCUCUUCUAUUGCCCUUCAAUUCAAAGAUCAAUCCAUAAACCUAAUUGAUUCCCCAGGGCACAUGGAUUUUUGUAGUGAGGUUUCUACUGCAGCUAGGUUAAGCGAUGGGGCUUUGAUCUUAGUUGAUGCGAUUGAGGGUGUUCAUAUUCAAACACACGCUGUUCUUCGUCAAGCAUGGGUUGAGAAGCUUAGUCCGUGUUUGGUACUCAACAAGAUUGAUAGAUUGAUUUGUGAAUGGAAGUUAAGUCCCAUGGAGGCUUAUACGAGAUUGCUGAAGCUUGUUCACGAAGUAAAUGGGAUAAUCAGUGGAUAUAAGUCUGAGAAAUAUCUGUCUGAUGUUGAUUCAAUACUUGCAGCAACACCCUCUGGAGAGAUUGGAGAAGAGAAUGAUGUUGAAUUCAUUGAAGACGAUGAAGAAGAUACAUUUCAGCCACAAAAGGGUAAUGUUGCUUUUGUUUGUGGAUUAGAUGGUUGGGGUUUCAGUCUUGGCCAAUUUGCAGAUUUCUAUGCUUCUAAAUUUGGUGCUAGUUCUUCUACUUUGCUGAAAGCUUUAUGGGGACCAAAGUAUUAUAAUGCCAAAACUAAGAUGAUCGUAGGUAAAAAGGGAAUCACGGGCGGAAACAAAUCUCGCCCUAUGUUUGUUCAAUUCGUGCUCGAGCCUCUUUGGCAGGUUUAUCAGGCUGCUUUGGAUACCGAUGGUGAUAAAACUGUGAUUAAUAAAGUUGUAAAGUCGUUUAAUUUAACUGUUCCUCCUCGUGAGCUCGCUAACAAAGAUCCUAAAGCCGUGCUUCAAUCUGUCAUGAGCCGGUGGCUUCCUUUAUCAGACACGAUUCUAUCUAUGGUGGUUAAGCAUACACCCGAUCCUAUUUCUGCACAAACGUUUCGUAUCUCGCGGUUACUCCCCAAAAGGGAGGUUUUGAGCAAAACCGUUGAUGCUAGUGUUCUUUCUGAGGCAGAGCUCGUGAGAAGAUCGGUGGAAACGUGCGACUCUUCCCCUGAAGCUCCUUGCGUGGUUUUCGUCUCCAAAAUGUUUGCGGUUCCUUCAAAAAUGGUCCCGCAGAGGGGCCCACACGACGAAGAAGAACCGGGAGAUUCUGAUGAAAUUUUUCUCGCGUUUGCCAGGAUUUUUUCUGGUGUUCUUCAUUCGGGUCAGAGGAUUUUCGUGCUUUCUGCUCUAUACGACCCGUUGAAACCUGAUUCGAUUCAAAAGAAUUUGCAGGAAGCCGUGUUGAAUUCGAUGUAUUUGAUGAUGGGUCAGGGUUUGAGACCAGUUUCGUCCGCCAGAGCGGGAAAUAUUGUUGCGAUCCGUGGCCUAGGGCAACAUAUUUUGAAAAGCGCGACCCUUUCAUCCACGAGAAACUGCUGGCCUUUCUCGAGCAUGAUGUUUCAGGUUUCGCCGACUCUCAAAGUCGCCAUUGAACCUUCAGAUCCUGCGGAUAUGGGCGCCCUUUUAAAAGGGCUGAGGCUUUUGAACCGUGCAGAUCCGUUUGUAGAGGUUACGGUUUCUUCGAGAGGUGAACACGUUUUAUCAGCUGCGGGUGAGGUUCAUCUCGAGAGAUGUAUAAAGGAUUUGAAGGAUCGGUUUGCGAAGAUAAGCAUGGAAGUUUCUCCGCCGCUCGUUUCUUACAAGGAGACGAUCGAGGGAGAAACGUCUAACGAAUACGUAGAAAAAACGACGCCGAAUGGGCGAUGUAUGGUUCGUGUUCGGGUCGUGAAGCUUCCAGAAGCUCUCACGAAGGUGCUCGACGAAAGUUCAGAUCUUCUUGGAGAAGUUAUUGGAGGGAAACUUUAUAAAAGUUCUGAAACAGAUGUAGAAGGUCAAACCUCUGCGGAAUCGUUGAAGAAACGAAUUAUGGAUGCUGUGGAGAGUGGGUUAGAUCUUAAACGAAUCUGGGCAAUGGGUCCUAGGCAAGUCGGAGCGAAUAUUCUCUUUACCCCGGAUCCAACCGAAAUUCAAUCCAAUUCGGAUUCAAAUUCUGUACUCGUUAGCGGUUUUCCUUCGGUAUCGGAAAAGUUGGGUUUUCUAGACCGUGACCUGAAUUCCUCCGAUCUGUCUAUUUACGAAGAAGAAGCGAAAAGACUUGAAAGUUGCCUCGUCUCCGGUUUUCAAUUAGCUACAGCAGCCGGUCCGUUAUGUGAUGAGCCAAUGUGGGGUUUAGGCUUUACGGUGGAGGCGUUUAUUUCUCCCGAUCAACAAACCGAAACCGAAGAUUCACAACAACAGCAACAGUCUAAUCAGUACGGUCUUUUCUCAGGACAAGUGAUGACAGUUGUCAAGGAGGCUUGUAGGGCUGCAGUCCUUCAGAAUAAGGCUCGUUUGGUUGAGGCGAUGUAUUUCUGCGAGCUGAACACUCCAACAGAGCACCUCGGGGCUAUGUAUGCUGUUCUGGCUAGGAGACGUGCUAGGGUUCUGAAGGAGGAAAUGAAUGAAGGGUCUCCUUUGUUUACAGUUCAUGCUUACGUUCCUGUAGCGGAGAGCUUUGGAUUCGCUGACGAGCUGAGGAGGUGGACUUCAGGGGCCUCAAGUGCGCUUCUGGUUCUUAGUCAUUGGGAAGCUUUAAACGAAGAUCCAUUUUUCUUGCCCAAGACAGAAGAGGAGAUUGAGGAAUUUGGAGACGGGGCUAGCGUUUUGCAUAAUACUGCUAGAAAACUUAUGGAUGCUGUUAGACGAAGAAAAGGGUUGCCUGUUGAGGAAAAAGUUGUCCAACAUGCUACUAAGCAACGGACUCUAGCUCGCAAAGUGUGAAGAGAAAAAGUUUUUUGUAGUGUUGUAUUUUUUUUGUGUUAUUGGGUUUGGAAAUUUAAAGGGAGCAACUAUUUUGGUCAUAUUUAUGUUUUGCUAAUUUAUACUACAAGGUUUUGAUUUAGU